AUGACUUCGAUGCUGUCGUUUGUGCUGGAAAACGUACCUAGUGAUUGGGAAUCAGUAAGCACAUAUAACAGCAGUUAUGUGCUAUUUAAUGUCAAUGUCUUUAGUGGAGAGGCAGCAAAUAUAAAAGCAAUGUUUAACUUGACGUCAUUAAACAUAAAUACUAUUCGACGAGUCCAAAAUCCUUUUCAGUAUGGUCGUUUCAAGUUGAGACAAGAAAUGUUAAAUUCUAAUUCAGUGGACACAGUGUUUCAUAUUGUACACCAAAGUGAUUUAGAAACAGCUCUGAAGUACACAUGUGACUACAGGAGAUAUAAAAACGGAUAUAGUUCUGAUGGCGAGAAUAAACAUCCACGCUUUUAUCCCAAUGUCCAGAACGCUGUUUUCAACCGGCCUGCAUCAAUGAUAAAUGAUAGUUGCGUAUUGGUUGUCAGUAAAAUAUCUGGUGACCUCAAGACUCAAAGUGACUAUUAUAUCCAAUACGUUGUUGAUUUUAAAUAA